AUGAUCUCCAUUUUACCAUGCAAGGUGAAGUUACUUCAUUUCCCUAGAUCGCACUUACACCACGUCACCCAUGCCAUUGUCAAAGCUUGUUUCUUUCAAGACAUGAACGACCUAAAUUAUUUUUUUUCAUUCACAGAAAAUGCUUUUGAGAUAUCCAUUGUAGCCAAUAAACAGGUGAUCGAUCAAGACUUUAUUCCACCACUGACCAUGACACAAUGUCAUGAUAUGAAGUAUUCAAAUGACAUUUACCGAGUACUGCAGGUGGAUGAUGAGGGUGGACAAGGUGCAAGUGGAAAACGAAUCAGUGACAUAUCUGAACCCUUAGCGCAGGGUAAAUUUUCGAUUUUUUACAUGUCGACGUAUCAAACGGACUAUGUGCUGGUCAAGGAGAGACGACUGAGACAGGCGAUAGAAUUGCUAGGGCAAUUAGGAUAUCAAUUUGAUCAAGAUUCGCUAGAGUCUUAUUUAGGUGAUUCGCCUCCGUCCAAUAGCCACACAAGUCAAGAAGAUUUGAAAGAGGAGGAUUUCGAGAAAUCAGUCUUGACAGACGAACUCCAAUGUGUCGGAUUGAACCCUCAUCUACGGUCAGAGUGGGCCAUGACUGUGCUUAAAAUUUUGUCAUAUCCAGAACUGAUCACGCCUGAUGGUGAUAGCAGGAGGUUCUUUUCGUAUACAGCAUCAAAUGAAGGAAUUUCACUCAUCGCUAAUCAAGCCAUUCUAGACCUCUUUUCAGAAGCAGAUAUCUUCCAGGAUGAAGAAUCACCGAGGUACCGCGUAAUCCAGGUCAAUUUAGCUGGUUCUAAUCUCGAUCGAUGCGGUAUCGUCUGGUCCAUCUCGCGUCCUUUAGCUGCUCACAUGAACUUGCUGUAUUUGAGUACAUUCAAGAGCGCAAACGUGCUUGUCUCUUCGGAUGAUUUACCGAGAGCAGAAGAGAUUCUGGCAAACGAUCUCAAGAAAGGAAUGAUGGCAGAAGUUAUAUUAGAACCAGAGUUAUAA